GAUUGUGGUGCCUCUCACUGUCCCUCAGGUUCCCCGCUGAUGUCCAGAACAAUGACGGCAUCUUCCCGCCGCCUGGAGAGUCCCUUUUCGUGGGGCUUCCUGGGGGUCCUUCUGCUGGCCCUAGAGCUCCUGCUCCCCAUGUGCUCAGAUGCCUGUGAUGACCUACCAGCAUUCCAAUCUAUGAAACCCAAGGGUGAAUCUGAACCCCCUUAUCAUCCAGGGAGCACAGUGGAAUAUGAAUGUCGCCCAGGAUACAAGCAUCAUUUUCCUGAUCUUCCCACCUCUGUUUGUCAGCCUGAUGGCACAUGGGCACCUGCUCUCCAGGAGGCUUGUAGAAAAAAGUCAUGUACACAGCUAGAAGAACUACUAAAUGGAGAAAUAAUCUACGUAAAUGGGAGUCAGGAGUUUGGUUCACAAGCUCACUAUGUUUGUACUGAGGGUUAUUACUUACUUGGAACAAAAAUUCUACAUUGUGAACUCUCUGGAAAUGAUGUGGAAUGGAGUGAUGCUCCACCAAGUUGUGAAAAGGUUUGGUGUAAACCACCUAAACAAAUACCAAAUGGAAGAUUCACCAAUAACCAAAAGGAUAAAUUUGAAUAUAAUGAAGAAGUUAUUUAUAAUUGCAAUCCUUCAAAAGGACCAGAUGAUUAUACACUUGUUGGAGAGAGCAGGCUUGUUUGUUCUGGGCUUAACCAAUGGAGCCCUGAUCCUCCCGAGUGUAAAGUGGUCAAAUGUGAAUAUCCGGCAUUGGAGAAUGGGAGACUGGUGUCACCAAGAAGAAAAUUUGAGUACAAAUCGGAGGUUACAUUCGAAUGCAAGGAGGGAUUUCACCUUGAAGGCAGCAGCACUAUUUUCUGUGAAGCCAACAGUACUUGGGAGCCUGAGAUCCCAAAAUGUACUGAAGAAGAUUCCCUGCCAGUGAUGAAGCACCAACUAGAGCUGCUGACUUAGAUGGAGGGCUCAUUGCUGCAAUUGUUCUUAUAGUAGAUCUUGGAGUUGCAGUAGUUGGCACCUGUGUGUACAGUAUCUUCACAUCAGGAAGAGACAGUAAAUUAAACACGUUUCUUGAACUUUUCA